GGGCGGGGCCGGAGAAGAUGGCGGGCCUGGGGUCCCCGGCGCGGACCCUGCGCGGCCUCCUGCGGGAGCUGCGCCUGGCCGGGGCUCGCAACGACACCGCCUAUCGCGAUACGGCGGCCUAUCGCUACCUCCUCCACGCCUUCCGGGCACACCGGGUCACCGGCGAGAAGCUGUGCCGAGCCCAGCACGAACUGCACUUCGACGCGGCCACCUACCUCUGCCUCCUCCGUAGCGUGCGGGAGCACGUGGCCCUGCACCGGGAGUUCCACGGGCGAGGGGAGCGCUCCGUCACCGAGUCCGCCGGCAUGGUGGGGCUGCAGCUGCCCCGCCAGCCCGGAGGGAAGGGCUGGGAGCCCUAGGCCCGGGCGACGGCCGGUCCUCCGCGGCCCCAGCCCCACGCCAUCUGGCCUCCGCCCGGCCCUCUUCCCAUGAAAAGGUCCUUCCCGACGGACGUGGGGCCGAACGCGCCCGCCUCCGAGCCGGCCCGCGGGGAUCGGGGAGCCGGACGGACGCGAGGGCUCCGUUCGAAUUCUCAGGAGGGGAUCCCGUCCGCCCGUCCGAGCCUCCUGGGUCAGUCCGGCUUCUCCGGACUCCGGCCCGGGAGACGCGGCCCCGGGGCUCCUCCGCGGGGGCCUCGCAGCCUGGAAAGGCCGUCCGCGGGAGGAGAACGGGGAAGCCCACCGAGCCUCCGGUCUGGCGCGCUAGAAAACCGGGAGGCCGAAAAGGGGUUUGAGGAGCCCCUCGUCGGGGACCCCCAAAGCUAAUAAUAAAGAUCUGUCAAAUACGGGAAGA